AUGUUGAGCUCCGUCUUCCGGGCUGGUGUUGUCACACUGCUUCUCCAAGACGCCUUGUCUCUCAAUGCCGAGGGGGAAACCAUCAAAUCAGCGAAUGGCCAGGAGACCUUCCAUAUCAGCCAUCCAAUGCGGGUCUUUGACGAUGGCUAUUAUAAGUAUAUGACGCUCAUGUAUAAGCAUCUCGGCAUCAAGUGUGAUCCUCUCAAGUUCCUCUUCAGCUACUCCUUCAUACCCAAGGCAAUCCCGAGUCCGGAGACCCAAUCGGACCAGGCCCAGGAGGAACUCGCUCAGCCCAAAGUAACAUUCCUCUAUUCUUCAAACAACCACCGUCUCCCUCCUCUUCGUCCUGGUGGGCAGGGCUUCCUCUCGUGGCUCUGGGAGCUCAUCUAUGUUGCUUUCUUCUUCGGUUGGUUUUGUCUCGCCUGUUUCUGGAUAGAUGCCCGCAAGGAUGAUCAACUCGAGACCUUGGAGGAAUACUUCAACCGUGUCCGUCUCCCACGGCACUUUGUGUAUCGGUAUAUCCUGCCUCCGUUCGCUACUUUGUCAACAUGCAAUCAUGCUGAAAUGCUCAGCUUUCCGGCCCAUGACAUAGUACAGUACGUUCGGCGCACAUAUAGAGCACCGCACUACCUCGUCCGUGAAGGAACGCAGAUAGUCGAAGAUACCCUCUCGAAGGGCCUGAACAUCCGUCUUGGAGCCCGAGUCACCUCCGUCCGUCCAACCGGCUCUUCGGUCAUGGUAUGCUGGGAAUCAACAUCCUCUGCCUCCGAGCUCGCCGGUGAAAAGAUACCGCCCAUGUCCAGCUGCCAGAGAAAAUUCGACCGUGUCAUCCUGGCCGUGCCGCCAAAUAUCGUGGGAGCCAUCUUUGAACCGCUCCGAGAAGAAACGUCUUUCUUGCCCACGAGAUCGGUCGAAUCCCUAAUCCAUACAGAUGCUUCCACCUUGCCAAUCAUCUAUUCAGAGCCCGUCAAGGCUCAACAACGUCCAAGGAAGAAGUGGAAUGGGGCCAUUUCCGCUCCACGGUCGAUCAACGGAGUCGAUACAUGA